GGUCCUAUCGAUAACCGUCACCCAGCUUCAUCACCACGCAACGUCAUCCAGGCAACGACACAAACGCCAACCAAACCCCAAACAUCCUCACAACCUCCUCACCAGGUCCACCACACCUGCUCUUCAACACCCCAAGAGACAUACAUACCCUCCCUCACGAACCUCAGCGACAACACAAAACACCCGCAACCAUGAACCGCCUCUUCGGCGCAGCGCCCAAGGGCCCAAAACCAACCCUAAACAGCGCAAUUACAAACAUCGACGACCGCAUCUCCUCAAUCGACGUAAAACUCUCCGCCCUCACCGCAGAACUGAACACCUACCAACAAAAACUCUCCAAAAUGCGCGACGGCCCGGGAAAAAACGCAAUCAAGCAAAAGGCCCUCAAAGUCCUCCAGCGCCGCAAAAUGUACGAGUCCCAGCGCGACCAGCUCCAGUCCCAGGUCUGGAACAUGGAGCAGGCGCAGACGAUGCAGGAUAACCUCAAAAAUACCAUGGCUACCGUCGACGCGCUCAAGACUACAAACAAGGAAUUGAAGAAGCAGUAUGGGAAAGUGGAUAUCGACAAGAUUGAGAGGUUGCAGGAUGAGAUGGCGGAUUUGAUGGAUAUUGGGAAUGAUAUCCAGGAGAGUUUGGCGAGGUCAUAUGAUGUGCCUGAAGAUGUGGACGAGGCGGAGUUGGAUGCCGAGUUGGAGGCGCUGGGAAUGGAGGCUGAGCUGGAGCCCGAGAUGGGCGCCAUGCCGAGUUUCUUGCAGGAGGAGUUGCCCGAGUUUGUGGACGAGGAGCCGGCCAAGGAAGGUGCCAAGCUCAAGGAGGCUGCUGGCUAAGGUGCGCGUAGAGUGUCGUACAGGAAAGGAAAGGAAAGGAGAUCAGGACUAGAUGAGAGAGCGACGGCGAGCUUUUGGAGAGUUUCGGAUUGUUCUCGGCGUAAUGGCAUACCUCAUAUCCACUUCGUUACAAGCAUCAGGCACAGUGGUUAUUCAUGUUCACAACUCGAAUUGACUUCUUAU